AUGUUAAUCGCCAGUGUGUUACUCGCACCUGUGGCAUGGGCAGACGAGUACACGGAGACCAUUGAAGUCUUCAAGAAAGCCGGCGCCAGUGGCGAGUUUUUCAGUUCAGCUCAUGGCUACGCAGUAUUUCCAACCAUCGGCAAGGCCGGUAUGGGUAUCGGCGGCGCGCGCGGUAAAGGCCAGGUGUUUGUCAACGGUGUGUCUAUCGGCGAAACAACGAUGACACAGCUUUCCGUCGGUUUGCAGUUUGGCGGCCAGGCCUUCAGCCAGAUCAUCUUUUUUGAAGAUGAGCGCGCCUUGAACGAGUUUAUUUCCGGUAACUUUGCGUUUGGUGCAAACGCAAGUGCAGUCGCCAUUACAGCCGGAGUAUCUGCCGGGGCAAACACCACCGGUGGCGGCGGUACCGCUGCGAGCGGAGGCAAGAACGAUGCCGUCACCACUGGCGGGUACUACAGAGGUAUGGCGGUAUUCACCGUUGCAAAAGGCGGCUUGAUGUACGAAGCCACUGUGAGUGGGCAGAAGUUCUCUUACAAAGCUUCGAAGGGUGGCAGUGUCAUCGACCUCAUGCCUGCGCCGGAUGCACUUGCAGAUCCAACAACAAGCCCAUUCCAGGAUGACUUCGAUGCAGGUGAGGAUCCACCAUUCCAUCAGCUGCUGUUCGCCACUGAUCGUUCACCUGAGUCAUCCCGGGACCGGAUGAGUUAUGGCAACGAGCGAGGUGGUGUCCUCAGACUGGGCGCCGCGCAGAUUUCUCUGGGUGACGGCAACAUUGACUGGGAAGAAGCGCGCCGCAUCUCCCUGCUGAAAAAUCGCCCUGGCAAAUAUCCGCUGAAAGUCGCGUCCGUUACGGAAUAUGGCAUUCUCGACAGCACCAUUCAUAACUUUCUCGAUCCGGCAACUGCUGCCGGGUAUGCAGACAGCGCAGAGACAGAAUUUACCGAAGCGGUUAAUGCAAAGCUUGAGCGCUCCAGACUGCAGGAUGUUGUUAUCUACGUGCACGGCUACAAGGUCGUUUUUGAGAAUCCACUGCUGGUUAUGGCGGAGCUCUGGCAUUUCCUGGGCUACGAAGGUGUUGGUAUAGCCUACUCAUGGCCAUCUACGCCGAAGCGCACAGCUUACUUUGCGGAUACCGAAAGCGCCGACGUCGCCUCACUGAACUUUCGCCAUUUCCUGGAGUAUCUGGCUAACGACACACAGGCCCGGCGCAUCCAUAUCAUCGGCUACAGUGCGGGCACCCGUAUGGUUGUCAGGGCGCUGCAGGAUCUUGCGCUGAUCGCCGGAGAUGAUCCAGAGGCUGCGCAACGUUACCGGCUUGGCACCAUUGUCCUCACCGGCAGCGAUAUUGAUCGGCAGCGCUUCGGGGGCUACUUGAACGAUGGCAUUCUGAACCUGAUGGAUGAAAUGCUGAUCUACACUUCCGCCACAGAUAAAGCACUGGCCAUGUCUAAAUGGUCCCUGGGCAAGCGAGACCGCCUGGGUCAAGCUUUUUCCGAUCUGGAUGCAUCUUCACCCAUCGCCCAAUAUCUGCGCACCACGGAUAAGCUCACCGUCGUUAACGUAACCGAUACUGAAGGCGCUCAGGAUGCAAACGGGCACGGCUAUUUCCGCAGCAGUUUGCAGCAGAAUGACGGAACUGGCAUCUGGCACUUCCCUGAAAACUACGUCGAACGGAAAUACAAAUUACCUUUCUUGCUCGCAACCACAAUUCUUGUCGUUGCGGGUUGCGGGUUCCGCAGCACAGCAACCGAUCCCGGCGCAGUGGAAGCCCAGUUUGAGGCCGCAAAACAGGAUGAGCGUCAAUUGCUCACUGCGGUUGUAGAAGACCCGGAACGAACCAACACCCUGCUUAUGCUGCUUGACAUGCGCAAUCAGACGGUAGCGAAUCACGCGGCGACUAUUGAGACAUAUAUCAACAAUAUGCGCGCUCUGAACGCCGACUAUGACGCUGAACGGACAGACUUUGAACAACUUUUUGCCACCUACCGCACCGAUCGACAAACCUAUCAGCAGCAACUGGUGCACAUCAUCCAGCAGAUGAAAGAGAUGCCUGAUAUGUUGGUCGCUUUACUCAUAUCCUACGUACUCAGUGGCAAUGGCGCCGCUUUCAGUGGUGUGUUGACCACGGCCACCCUCAAAGAUCUUGGCAACCGGGUCGCCGCCGCCAUAGAUGAUCCCUUGCGCGCUGACGCCGCAACCACCGUCAUAGACAGUGCCCGUGACGACGUGAAAAAAUUUGAAAAAGCUUACGCAGCAUCCGGCGAAAAGCUUACCAAGUACUACCGCGAUCACAAACAGAACGGCAACCGCAUGAUGGCAGAGAUCACUGACCUUGAGCGGCGUUGGGAAGCAGGGAUGAGUGGGAACGCAUCUUCUCAGGGCAAUAGACAACUGGCGCAGAGCAAGCAAAUCGGUAACGGCAGAGCUUUCAACUAUCAGAGUGGGCAUGCAAGGCGCUCAUCCCUUGCCGCUACAGUUUUGGCGCUCUCUCUGCUCGUCGUCCUGCCUGCUUAUGCCGCCGGGAACUCGCCUGACGUUGACACAACCUUGCAAGCAGCACCCACCGCCAAAACUGAGCCAUCCGCUGAGGCAGGAAAUGGCGCCUGCACCCCGGAAGAACAGAUCAACGGUCUGCUCGACAAAACCCAAAGCUCUGUGUAUCGGGUUGUUUGCGGUACCUCAAUGUGGUUCGACGGCUUCUUUGGAGACGCGACUUACUACGAAGGCAGCAACGAAAGUUAUGGCCAGAUAAAUCUCGGUGGUUACUGGGACGAGCGUGACGGAUUUGAGCCAAAAACCCAGUUCAGAGCGCGAUUUGCACUGCCUAAUACCCGCAGGAGAGUGCGUCUGAUCGCAGGCCUCGGCGAAGCAGAUGAUGUGAUAGACGGCUCCGCCAACAGCCAGUUCGAAAGUCCCGCUGAAGGGUUCCGCGACAUUGAAGAAGAAGACGCUUUGCUUGGCCUGGGGUUUUCCCCCUCUCGCAGUAGACGGCAGAAGCAAGGAUUUGAUUUUGAUGUAGGCGUCAAAUUCUCCACACCAAUCGAUCCCUAUGCCCGGGUCAGCUAUCGUUGGAACAGGAUCUACUCGGAGCGGUGGUCUGUACGCGUGCAGGAGCGGGUGUUCUGGCAAGGUGAUGACGGUUGGGGAACGUCUCUGUCCGGAGAUCUUACCCGCAUUUUCUCAUCUAGCCUCAUGACGCGCUGGGGUAACUUUUUAAAAGUAUCGGAAAGUCUGGAUGGGCUUUCCUGGGUGUCCAAUCUAACCACCUAUCAAAGCCUGUCUAACCGGCGCGCGGUCUCCUACCGUCUCUACGUGAAAGGCGAAACCGGCGCGCCAGUGUCGAUCAAAGAUUACGGCUUCGAGUUCCGUUUCCGGCGCAGGAUCUUUUCGAAAGAGUGGUUUUUCCUGGAAUUGACCGCAGGCGUCUCCUGGCCCCGCGCCCUCCCAGAUGAGUCGCGGAAAGCGAAUCUGGGUGCAGGCGUGGAAUUUGAAAUGCACUUCGGCAAUCGACGUAAGCCGCGCAGAAUGUCUACUGUACCCCCUGUUACAACCGACAAUUCCAACGACAACAAGAGAUUGAUGGGGACCAAACUGACGGCUACCUCUACGUUACAACCAAUCGAAGACGGCCAGUUCGAAUACCACUACAACACUAGCUCAAUUCUAGGCAAAGCAACAGAGAUGAGCCGCUAUGCCCUUGCCGACACUACCACUCUCAUCCCACUGUUCUACAGAUACAAAUUGUCAGCGAUGGGUGUGAAGAGGCGCAUUAACCUUGCGUUCGAUUGGCAAACCGGAAGUGUCACAGAUCGUGCGGCUAAGCCACAAUGGUCAUUGGAGCUACCCCCUGGCGCACUCGACCCGCUCAGCAUGCAGUUGCAGUUACGCAAUGAUGUCAUGCGGGGGAAAACAGACCUGACUUAUCAAGUCACCAGAAAUGGGCGCAUCAAGGAAUACCACUACCUUGUAGAAACCCAGGAGAUUACCAAAACCCUGAUCGGGCCGCUCAGGACUGUGCGGGUUAGACGGGAUCGGGGUGAUGACAGCGACAAGCACACUGUGAUCUGGCUGGCAGUUGACUGGUCCUAUCUGAUUGCAAAGAUUCAGGAUGGCAAGGUGGACGGUGGCGUACAGGAAGUUGUGCUCGCCGGAGGAUCUAUCGGAGGCGCCACCAUCACCGCCUUGGACCGAUAA